AUGAGCUAUUAUUACCCUAGCAACUAUGGCUACAGCAACGGCUACGUGGCUCCAGACUAUUCACACACUUGGAGCAAUAGGGGCUAUAGUAAUUGGGGAAGAAUGGCGGAUAUUCCGGUCUCUGACUACGAGCGGGCAAACGAACAAAUGUACCCAAAUAUAGAUGAUCUGCUGCCUGAAGACGAGAGGAGCAGGAAUGACUUUGCUGCACAAAUGUUUUCGCCGGAAUCGGAUGCAUCGGAAUUGGGAAUGACUCGUACUGACGACUUGCAUAUAUACCAAGAUCCUGUCGAGAAAAUCUUGAUCACGCCAAAAUCAGAUCUGGCCGGUCGUGAUGAAUUUGAAUCAGGAAUUGAUAUUAGCCCAAGUCCAACGAGAUCGCAGACCAUCCAGUACAGGCCUCUCUUGAAUCCAAAGUUUUUCAAGCGACUACUCAUAAGACAGCCUCGCCCAUUUAUGAUUUCUUACUCAGACAACAAGCGCUUUUUGCCACCAAAUGUGAUCGAACCGCCGUUCAGGCUGGGAAACCAAAUGAGAAUACGUGACACUCUUCUGAAUCGCCCCCAUGAAGGGAACAAGAUUGAGGCAGAAAUGGGUUUGCUUGAGGAGAAGAAGGAAGUGAAUGAAGAAAAAAAUAUGAAAUCUGUCGAGAAAGAGGGCUCUAUGGCCGCCGAACUUUCGCUAAGCAAGCACGAAUCAUAA